AUGGCUUCGACAUUGACUGAUCUGAUGAGCAACCGGUUCGUACGCAUCCAAAAUGCAGUUCUAUCGUACUUGAAAGCACCGGAAAUUCUCCGGUUGCGAUUGGUAUCGAAGCACUUCCGCAACAUACAUAGGACUGCCUGGACAGAGUCGGAGUAUAAUAGAAUGUUGCAAAUCUUCUUCUCGGAUCCCGUUGGCUUUCGUGUUCUACAAGAAAAAUACGGCUUCCUGCUGACUGGAACUCCUAUCCUGGGGUACCUUCAAAGGGCGAGCAUUCAUACCCUAGAAAAUUCGGACAUGCCAAUAACAAUUAUCUUGGACGAAGAGUGUCACGACUAUGUGAAAGAGCAUCUAAGAAACUUCCUCAUUCAAGACGGAUAUGAGGAUGUCAGCAAUCCUGCAUCAUUGUCAGUUUCACUUUUCCAUAGUCGAUCUGAGAAUCGAAAACACCGCGCACCUCGAGUGUACGUUCGUGAAGUUGACUUUGGGGAAGGGGCAUGGAUACAAUGGCGCACUGGUUACUCACCGAUUCUAUCAACGGCCGAUAUGAUCUUGGCUACUUCUACCAGGAUCAUUUCCGUAUUUCCGACUUCAACAUUUGGUCAACUUCAAGACUACGCUAUGAACAAGCGCAAGGUGGCCAAGAAAAUCAGAGACCGCAACCAGAUGGGCAUUCGGUCGAACUACCAAUUCUUGCCUGAUGUUCGCGACCUCGACGAACAAGACAAAACUUAUACCCCGAGUGAAGAGUUUGCGGAUAAACGAUCCAUCGGAGAUAGAUAUAGUUGGAUCCUGCUGUUCGACUCUGAUGAUGUUAUGACUCGUUACUUGACUCGUUACAAGUCGUAUUCGUAUCAACCACUCCCAAGCCCAAGUGAGUUAGAAGAGGGCUUUGGUAAUGAUGAAGACUUGUUGAAGGCGUCAUUCCUAUGGCCUAAGUGUGUUAAAGCUAUGCUUAGAAAUCGUCGUCGUCAACGAGCUUCCGAGUCGUCAUUGGUGCUUGGUAUCUUCGAUCGUAUAAGCAGUGUGGGAAGGAUUUGGUCGGGAUAG